AUCACUGGGCGACGGAAAACCUGGCAAAGCAGACAUCUUGAGAAGAACCGAUAUAUACAUCAAAGCCGUGACCAAAAUGAAGCUUACUCUCCUGGCUGUCUUCAUCGCUGCCUUCUUCCAGGCCAACGAAGGCAAGAAACUACGUCUUCUGGCUGGUGUUAAUGGAGGGGUUCUGACAGGGGUGAACCCUGGGCUGGUGGUAGGGGGGGUGAACCCUGGGCUGGUGGUAGGGGGGGUGAACCCUGCUCUCCUUGGAGGGGCUGGCUUUCUUGGGCAGCCCCAGUUUGGCCAGAUGGUCCCUGGGUUCGGGUUCCUGCAACCCCAAGCCUUCCCUGCUGGACCCUUCGGUCUCCCCAAUGCUGGUCUGCAGCCUCAGCAGUUCCCUGGGCAAUACCAGUAUCCAGGCCUGCCAGCAAACGGGCUGCCUUACCCAGGCUUCCCUCAGAUGGCAGGAAUGAUGCCCCCACAACAGCAAGUCAUGGGAGGACCAGGAAAUGCUGGGAAUGGCAUGCAGCAACAAGGGCCUCCACAGUCUGACCCUGUCAAAAGAUUCAAGCGUUUCCUCAUGAGAAAGGCUCAGGCCUCUGAGACCAAUCCUGAUUCCCAGACCCAGACACAGGCUCCCACUUCAGCUGCUGCUGAGAGAGCAGCCACCUCAGCUGUCUGUAAAGACCACGAUCACGUUUAAACUUGACAGACAACCUGAGGAAUCAUAUACUAAGACUAACAACAUGUCUUUGUUAAUGGUGCAGGUCUUACACAGUUUGUAGGGAUAGAAUAUUGUUUCACAGUUUUUACAGUUAUUAUUAUAUCUGUUUUCUGAUCUGGCUUUACAACUGUUGUGUCUGAUUAUGAAAUUAGUGCCUACAGUGCAGUUUGACAAUGUUCUUAUGGUUUCUUGAUAAUUCAAUAAAUGAUUACCAGCCUUAUUCAA